AUGUCUUCUGCGUCGAAAUCCACACCCUUGCCAUCUAGUGCGACGACGGGUUUCGUGCAGCCCACGCCUCAGGUUGCCAACGCGUUCUACGAGGACGAAGCCUACAAGAGGGUCUUUUCAUGUUAUCUUCCUACCGAACUACAACACACACUGACUGGCGAUCUCGCCCGGUUCGGGGCUCGAGUUUUGGAGGCCGAUGUCCUUCGCCUUGUGGAGGAUGCGGAGCGCCAUCCGCCCUAUACCAAGACAUGGGACAGCUUCGGCCACCGCGGGGAUUCGCUGGUCACCUCGGAAGGGUGGCGGGGGUUAUCUGCCAUCGGGAUCCGCGAGGGGAUGGUUGCGAUUCCCUACGAGAAGGACUAUGGGCCCUAUAGCCGAGUAUACCAAUUCCUGAAGUACCAUCUCUGGACGGGGAGCAGUGCGAUCGUGACCUGCCCGUCGGCCAUGACGGACGGGGCGGCUAGACUUCUGUCUCGCCAGUUGGAGCGGAACACAGCAUCGCCGUCGCUCUCCGAGACGGAGAGAACUGUUUUCGAGAAUGCCUUUCAAAGGCUCACCUCCCGCGACCCCCAGACGGCCUGGACGAGUGGACAAUGGAUGACGGAGCGACCGGGAGGAAGUGACGUGCAGCACACGGAGACCCAGGCAAAAAGAGUUGCACCUGCGUCUGGUGCCCAGGAGCAUCGUUGCGACGCAGAGGGGCUUCCCCUGGGUCCCUGGUCGAUCGAUGGCUUCAAAUGGUUUAGUUCCGCCACUGACUCGCAGAUGGCGGUCCUGCUGGCGAAAACGCCCGGCGGCCAUCUCUCGGCGUUUUACGCACCCAUGCGUCGUCGUCGACAGGAUCUGGCCUCCUCUCCGACAGUCGCUGCCACGCCAGCAACGGAGCUGAAUGGCGUCCAGAUCCAGCGUCUCAAGUCAAAGCUGGGUACCCGCGCCGUGCCAACCGCGGAGCUCGUCCUCUCCGACAUGCGUGCAUAUAUCCUCGGCUCGCCCGGCGCGGGAGUCAAGCAGAUCAGCACCAUCCUCAACAUCACCCGUGUGCACAACGUGGUGUCCGCCGUGGGAUUGUGGGGGCGCGGCCUCGCGGUCUCACGCGCUUUCGCUCGCGUGCGCAGGACUGGCGGGGCUCUGCUCAUCGACCGCCCGCUGCAUGUCCGGACCCUGGCCCACCAGCAUGUCGAGUAUCGUGCCAUGAUGCAUCUCGCCUUCUUCCUGGUGACUCUCCUUGGGAUCUCCGAGAAUGACGGGGAAACCAUGCCCAUCGACCACCUCAAACUGCUUGGUCUGGGCUCUCGAGCAAGGGGACAGGAGAACGCGGGUUCGCUUCUCCCUAGACAUCUACUACGGCUAAUCACCCCUCUCGCCAAAGCCGUCACAGCUCGCGCCGCCAUCGCCGGCCUGGCCGAAUGUAUGGAGUCUCUUGGAGGAGUGGGAUAUCUGGAGAACGAAGACCCGGAGCUAAACAUCGCACGACUGUACCGCGACGCCAAUGUCUUGAGUAUCUGGGAGGGGACCACAAAUGUGAUGGCCGACGAUCUGGUACGUGUGCUCAAGGGCCGUGAGGGGGUUGCCAUCCUUGCCAGCCUGGGCCAAUGGAUCCGCGCCGUGUUGGAUCAACGACCAGUAAUCAAGAAGACGACCACAGGCUCGUUGGAUGUAACCAGGAUCCAAUUCCUACAUCGGACCCUAGAAAGCCUCGUGCACGAUGUGGAGUCCCAGUCCGCAGACAGCCUGCGUUUGAAUGGCCGAGACAUCCUCUCGCAACUGGGAUGGCUUGUCUGUGGGACCCUUUUGGCCGCCGAUGCGAUCCGCGACGAUGACCAGGUCGCGUGGGAGAUCUUCACCCGAUGGCUAGACAGACGGGCUACCACGGCAAAUAAUGCCCUGAGGGGCGGAUUCCACGCCGCGGAUGACCGAGUCCCUUCUUCUCCGUCCUUCCCACCCGGCAGCGGUGCCAAUGACGUGGCAGCCCUCGCUGUAGAGGACAUCAUCGAGUGGGAUUGCCGGAUUGUAUUCGGGCAUGAUGCUCGGGUGAGAGCUCGAAUGUGA